AUGGAUGCUACUACAACCAUUGAAAAGUCGGCCGCUGGAGUCGAGCCGGCGCCCAGCACCGACGGCAAGCCGCUCAGCAUAGAGGAGAAGGGGGACGUUGUCGAGCUGGCCGGAUCAUACACGGAAGAAGAGGAGAGGAGGGUGUUGCGCAAAAUUGAUUACACGAUUCUUCCCAUGAUGUGCUUCAUCUUUUUCCUGCAAUACCUGGACAAGCAAACUCUGAGUUAUGCGUCGGUCUUUGGGCUCAUUACAGAUCUCGGCAUGACGAGCAGCCAAUACUCGUGGUGUUCCUCCAUUUUCUACGUCGGCCAAUUAGUCGCCGAGUAUCCCUUUAUCUACUUGAUGUCCAAGCUCCAUCUGACCAAGUUUGUCGGCGCCACAAUUGUGAUAUGGGGUAUAAUCUGCAUGUGCCUAGCUGCACCGCAUAACUACGCCGGAUUCGCGGCUGUACGUUUCCUGCUUGGAUUCGCCGAGGGUGCCGUAUCGCCAUCGUUUGUUACCAUGACGGGCAUCUGGUAUCAAAAGGACGAACACGCCGUCCGUACCGCACUUUGGGUCAGCAUGAACGGUAUCGCCCAAGUCAUUGGCUGUCUCCUCAUGUACGGAAUCGGCAAGAACACGGCCCUGUCGCUGGCCCCCUGGCGAACCAUCUUCAUUGUGUGCGGCGCCAUUACUUGUGCUGCCGGCGUGGCCUUUUACAUCCUCAUGCCCAACGGACCCAAGGACGCCUGGUUCUUGACCGCCCGGGAAAAGGAGGUGCUCUCCCUCCGCAUGGCCAAGGACCGCGAGGGUGGUGACAAGACCUCCUUCUCGAUGCGCCAGCUGCGCGAGGCUCUGUUGGAUAGCAAGUCCUGGUUUGUUUUUGCUUUUGGCGUCUUGGUCACCAUGCAGAGCCCUGUUCUUACCUUUGCCUCUCUCGUCAUCAACACCAUCGGCUACGACAAGUACGAAACGAUGCUCUAUACCGCGCCAUCCGGAGCUGUCCAAGUACUCCUCCUGUGGAUCGGUGUGGCUGGUUGCUGGCUGUUCCCGAAGAACCGUAUACUGGUCGUCAUGGUGCUGAUUAUCCCUCCGCUAGUGGGAACAGUGCUGCUCUUGAAGCUGUCGACAGAGUCUGGCUGGGGAAUGAUUGUUGCCUCGUGGCUGGCCUCCUGUAUUACCGCCGUCAUGUCGCCUCUUCUCUCCCUGACAGCGUCCAACGUCAAGGGCAACACCAAGCGCUCCGUAGUCAGCGCCAUGUUCUUCAUUGGCUACUGCGCCGGCUGCAUCGGUGCGCCCCAGCUGUGGACCGACAAGCCACGCUACUUCAAGGGCGUCGUUACCGGCAUCGUGACGUGGUGUCUCUUGUUUGUCGUUGUCGCUGCGUACCGCUUCGUCUGCAUGCGGGACAACUCGACUAGAGACAACAAGCGCGCGUUGCAGCAAAGCGAGGGACAAGAGGGCGCUUCUACCCAUGAGCAGGUUGUGCUGGACAAGUAUGGUGCACCCCGCACUGACUUGACGGAUAAGGAGGAUGCCAUGUUCAGGUACAGCUGGUAA